AUGUCCUCUUUCACUGAUAAGUCGAUAAACAUCGCCUUCUUCGGCUCAACAGGCGGCUGCGCAAAUGCCUGUCUGACUUACACUCUCAAAAACGGAUACAAAGCAAGCGCCCUCGCUCGGACUCCCUCGAAACUUCAAACCCAACUCUUAUCCCAAGGACUUGACCAGGCAACAAUCGACAAUAAUUUAACAAUCAUUCAAGGGGAUGCAACAGACGUUGAAGUCAUCAAGCGCACUCUCUCCCCAGAGAAAAACAACGGCAAAAUGGUCUCCCUCAUAAUUUCCGGAUUAGGCGGGCCUCCCAAAAUGACAGCCUCGCUUCAACCCAUCACCUUUGAUAAUCCAAACAUUUGCGAAAAUAGCAUGAAUGCCAUUCUAUCCGCCAUAGAAUUACUGCAGCCGCCCACGGCAACUGAAAAGGAAAAGCCCAUCCUCGUGGCUAUCUCCACUACUGGCAUCUCAUCCGGACCAAGAGACGUGCCAUACCUCCUCUACCCUCUUUGGCACUUCCUCAAAGUCCCACACAAGGACAAGAAAAAGAUGGAGCAUGCGAUUUUUGAUUCACCCUCUAAACGGCUUCUGAGAGGCGCCAUUGUCGUGCGUCCGACAUUGCUGGUUAGUGACCAUUCCAUCACCAGUGGGAAGGGGUGGAAGACGUUGAAGGUCGGGACGGAGAAUAAGCCGGCCCUGGGACAUUCGAUCCAGCGGGCGGAUGUCGGAGAGUGGAUAUUUGAGGAAAUGGUCAAGGCAAAAGGGGAAAAGUGGUUGAAUGAAAAGCCCAAGACCGGACACCACACGCUAAUCGCCCUCACCCCAAAUCCAUACAGCGUAAAGGCCACGUUUCAUUGGAAAGAAGUAUAA